GGGCUACUACGUAGAUUAUUCCAAGAUGGCAGCCGUCAUUGAGGCUUUGCCUUACGUAGCUGAAAAGUAAACAACCACCUCAAAAUGAAGAUAGACAGAAGUAAACUGAAGAAAAGCAGUUCGGAAGUGCCGCAGGACUGCAAAUCUCUGAUAGAGAAACUGAAGGAAUGCAGCAGCGGUGACGAACUACUGGAGCACAUCAACAAUGUCAAGACGUGGAAUUUUGGCAAGUGUGAGCUCUAUCAUUGGAUCGACAUUCUCGAUCACUUUGACUCGAUCUUGGAGAAUGCGUGUGCGAAAGCUUCGGACACCGCGUGGAUCCUGAGCUGUGACAAAGCCGGCAAUGCACAGGGUAAGGCGCUGCUGCUGCACGUGCUGCACUUCACCGCGCUGCUCAUCGAGCACAGCUUCUCGCGGCACCUCUACAACAGCAUGGAGCACCUGACGACCCUCCUCGCUUCCAGCGACAUGGCCGUCGCUCUCGCAGUCCUCAACCUGCUCUACGUGUUCAGCAAGCGCUCGAACUUCAUCACGCGGCUCGCCGCCGAUCGCAAGCAGGCGCUGCUCGCUCGCCUGACGCAUCUCGCAGAGAGCUGGGGUGGUCUUGGCAUUCGGAGCAUGGAGCGCGUUCUGUGCGGCUCGCGCGAAACCAAGAAGAGCUGCAUUCACAUGGACGCUGUGGAUCGCAUCCUCUCUCUGCCGUCCAGCAUCAUGGAAGACGCCCUGCUGCAGCGAUACAGCGUGCCCGCCGACAAACAGGUGAGCAUGCGGAGGGGGCGCCACUGCUGCGGCGUGCCCGCCGACAAACAGAUACGGUCACGUCCUGAAGCAGAGAGGCUGCUCGAAUGGGUGGCAGUGCUGUUGCUGCUGCUGCUGGACACACUCGAAGUAGUGUCGCAGUCUCUGCGUCUUCUAGAUCUAAGAGUUAUAGGCUGCAGAUUGUUCCCGAUCAGAGACUCGAUAUCCUCUCUUAGACUACCACAUCGUAGCUACACGGUCUAUUCGAACGCGCUUCAGGACAACCUCAACUCCGUGCUGUACAAUGGCUUCAUCGAGGAGCUGGUGGACGUGUUGGGACUGCGGGAUGCUGCGCUGAUGGAGAUUCGCGCAGCUUCCCUGCGCACGCUCACCUCCAUCAUACACCUCGACCGCAACCCCAAGUUGAACACGAUCAUCGAUGCUACGGGCGCGUCGUCCUACCACGGGUUCCUGCCCACGCUCGUGCGCAGCUGCAUCCACCACAUGACCGUGCCGGGGAUGACGCCCUUCCCUCAGCCGUUCGCCACCGCUCUCUUCUCCUUCCUCUACCACCUCGCAAGCUACGAGAGCG